AUGUCUGUGAGUGCUAGCGCGGAGAAUCUAUCGACUGCUGAUACACAAAGCUGCGAUGGAGGUUCCAUGUGUUUGGAGCUGGCGCUGGAAGGGGAAAGACUUUGCAAGGCGGGAGAUUGCCGUGCAGGUGUUGCCUUUUUCCAAGCAGCCAUACAGGCAGGCACUGAUGACCUGCGGACCUUGAGUGCUAUAUACAGCCAGCUUGGCAAUGCUUACUUCUACUUAGGAGAUUACAAUAAGGCCAUGCAAUAUCAUAAACAUGAUCUCACAUUAGCAAGGACCAUGGAAGACAAGUUAGGCGAAGCAAAGGCUUCUGGUAACUUAGGAAACACAUUAAAAGUGAUGGGCAAGUUCACAGAAGCAAUACAGUGUUGCCAGCGACACUUGGAGAUAUCAAGAACAUUGGGAGAUAAGUUAAGCGAAGGGCGAGCUUUAUACAACCUUGGCAAUGUUUACCACGCCCAGGGCAAGCAUUUAGGACGCGCGGGACAAAGCGAUCCGGGACACUUUCCGCAAGAAGUACGUGACUGCCUCCUGCAAGCUGUCACUUACUAUGAAGAGAACUUGGAAUUGAUGCGCAGCGUAGGCGAUAGGCAGGCAGCGGGUCGGGCUUGUGGCAACCUCGGCAACACUUGCUACCUUUUGGGAGAUUUUGCGAAGGCGAUCCGGUACCAUAAAGAGAGGCUUCGGAUUGCCCAAGAAGUGGGUGAUCGCGCUGCCGAACGCCGCGCUAACAGCAACCUCGGCAACUCUCACAUCUUUCUUGGCCAGUUCGAGAAUGCUGCACAGCACUACAAGCGAACCCUAGCCUUAGCCGAAGAACUGGGCGACGCAGCAGUCGAGGCUCAAGCCUGUUACUCCCUCGGAAACACGUACACGUUGCUUCGGGAAUAUCGAGUGGCCGAGGAGUACCACGCGCGCCAUUUGGCCGCCGCCAGAGCUCUGAACGACCGAGUGGGAGAAGGCCGAGCCUGCUGGUCGCUGGGCAACGCCCACGCAGCCCUAGGAAAUCACGAAAAAGCUCUCUACUACGCCAAAGAACACUACAAUAUCUCUAAAGAGUUGGGCGAUGUUCUGGGAAUGGCGACGGCGCAGAUGAAUAUCGGCGACCUUUGUAAGGUGCUCGGUCUUCCUGCAGACAACGGCGUCUCACCACCGUCGCCACGCGCGGCGCCUCCUCCCCGCACACCCUUCAAUGCGUUGCGUGUGCGCAGGCAGAGUAUGGAGCAACUGUCUCUUAUACAGAUAACACCCGAAGCGAAGAAGAAAGAAGCCGAAAGGAGUGAGGUGGCCGAGUCCCGUGGGGUGGCGCGGACUAGCUCUGAAGACACAGAACAUCCCGCUGAAGUGUUCAUGGAGCUCAUUGCUAAGAGCCAGGCUCAAAGGAUGGACGAACAGCGCGCUACUCUGGACAAAGAGAAUAGACCGCGCCCUCUUCCAAGGUCAUCGAGCGCCACUUCUAACAGCAAAUGCGAGGCGAUGACUGACAUGCUGAACAUGAUCAGCAGCCUUCAGUCAAAAAGAAUGGAUUCACAGCGAGCCGAGCUGCGUCCAGUCCAGGAAAGCACGGGAGCCUCGCUGCCAGGCCUACGAACUCAACAGACAAGGAGUACAAAGCCUGAAGACGAUUUUCUGGAUAUGAUCGCUAGAGUUCAGGGUUCUCGUCUGGAAGACCAGCGCUCAGAGCUGCCUCGUCCGAAGCCCAAGGAGUCAACGGUGCCCGAUGAUGAUUUCUUCGCCCAACUUAUGAAGGCACAAUCCGGUCGCUUGGAUGAUCAACGCGCCACGAUCCCGCUUCAAGAUCGUCAGAACAAGGCUGCGUCAAGCUCAAAAAAGUGA